AAUAUGGGUGGAUUCUUGUCUCAUCUGACUCCUGAACAGAAUGUUGAAGCAUUGAAAGCUUCUUGUGGUCCCGUAAGAGGAAACAUUUAUAAACAUGAUGAUGUGAUUGUUGAUGGGUACCUCGGGAUCCCGUAUGCGAAACCACCAGUCGGCGAACUUCGAUUUAAGAAGCCAGUAACCGUUGAUGUUUGGACAGAGAUCAAAGAUUGUUAUAAAUAUGGACCAGCUUGUGUACAGACUGGUGGAUUUGAGCAGAUUGCUGGUCCAAGAACUCCAACUCCGGAAGAGGCUGGUUGUCUCACACUGAAUGUGUUCACACCCAGAAAUGCAUCUUCUGAAUUUAAAAAUGGACGACCGGUUAUGGUUUACAUUCAUGGAGGAGGAUACGAGUUGUGCGCAUCCUCUGAUUUCUGUGCUUACUCCCUUUCCGGAACUCUCCCACUUAAAGAUGUCGUGGUAGUUUCUAUUAACUACCGCCUCGGUGUGUUUGGAUUCCUCACCACUGGAGACAAUGUCUGUCCUGGAAAUUUUGGUCUUUGGGAUCAGACUUUGGCUCUUAAAUGGGUUCAAAAACAUAUUUCUUCAUUUGGAGGUGAUCCAAAUUGUGUGACUGUCUUUGGACAAAGUGCAGGAGGAGCAAGUACUGAUUUAUUAUCAUUGAGCCCACAUUCAAGAGAUUUGUUCCAGCGCUUCAUUCCAAUUUCCGGAACGGCUCAUUGUGACUUUGCCAUUAGAGCAUCUGAAAAUCAAGCCAAGAUUUUCCGAGAAUUUGCAGAGUUUCAUGGUUUUUCUGGAAGAGAUUCGUCAGCACUCUUCAAGUGGUACCAAGAGCAAUCGCCAGAAACUCUGUCAAAUGUAAAAGGAUACAAAAAAUCGAUUUCUGGAUUCCUCACAUUCAUUCCUAACUUGGAUGGAGAUUUCUUCCCGAAACCAUUGGAUGAGCUAAGAAAGGAAGCUCCAAAGAAGCAAAUGAUGACUGGAGUUACUGAGUAUGAAGGUCUUAUGUUAGCAUCAAUGAAUCCAGCAUUUUCUCCUGCUGAUGUCGGGUUGACACUUAUGCCUCAAGGAAUUUAUGGAAAAGAUGUGGUUAGCAAUCCGGAUGAAAUUCAGAAGAUUUUCUAUGAAAAAUACGUCGAAGGAGUUGACAAAUCAGAUGAGUUGGCGAUGAGAAAGAAACUAUGUGAAGCUCUCGGAGAUGAAUUUUUCAACGUAGGAGUGAUUCAGGCAGCCAAAAAUGCUGCCAAGCAUGGAAAUGAGGUGUACUUCUACACUUUCGAAUACGUGAAUCCAGAUAGUUUUGGAAUGUGGGAUGGAAUGAUGCCGUUCAAGGCUGCUGUUCAUUGCACCGAGCUCAGAUAUCUUCUCGGUGAAGGAGUUUACAGCAAGUUCGAACCAACAGAGGAAGAUCGGAAAGUUAUGGAGACUACGACUACAUUAUUUUCAAAUUUUGCCAAAUAUGGAAAUCCAAAUGGAAAAGGAGCCACCGCCGAGAUAUGGGAGAAAUACAGCUUAAACCGUCCAGAGAGACAUUACAGAAUUUCUUAUCCAAAAUGUGAAAUGAGAGAUGUUUAUCACGAGGGUAGAAUUCAGUUUUUGGAGAAAAUCGAUGGAGAUAGUGAUAAGUAUCAAGAAUUGGUCUAUGGAAAGAAGAAGUCGGCAAAGAUUUAAUUUUUUUUGAAGAAAAAAAAUUGCAAAUGUUCGAAUAAUUUUAUUACAAUGUAAAAUAAAUAUUGUAUCAAUUAGUUUAAUAAAGUAAUGAAAAUAUUUCGUUAG